AUGUUUGAUUGUAACCCAGUCAGACGACUGGGUGGAGAACAGGGUUGGUCUCAAAGGGCUCAGAAAGGAAACGACUUGUUCCUGGUUGCUGUUCAUGAGCUCGGCCACGCGUUGGGGCUAGAACACUCCAACGACCCCACAGCCAUUAUGGCGCCCUUCUACCAGUACAUGGACACGGACAACUUCAAGCUGCCCAUGGAUGACCUGCUGGGGAUACAGAAAAUAUAUGGCCCUCCAGAUAAGCUUCCCCAGCCCACCAAGCCACUGCCCACGGUACCACUUCCGCGCUCCCAUCCUCCAUCGGACCCCCGAAAGCCAGACAGACAGACCAGACCUCCCAGGCUACCCCCACCAUCACAUCCCAAUGCCAAACCCAACAUAUGCGAAGGUGGAUUCAACACGCUGGCCAUCCUCAGAAGAGAAAUGUUUGUCUUCAAGUCCGAGACCUGGAGAUGGCAUGCUGGUAUAGUGUGGCUCUUCCAAGACUACACCUGA